GUAGCUGCCCUGCUCAAGAUUUUCAUUCCAGCUUCGGCUUGCCAGCUCAACGGAAUAAAUAUUCUCUGUUGUUUUAUUUAUUUGUUCGUCGUAAAUAAAUUGCCAAAGCUGGCUUUCGUACGCCGUUUGACGAGUGCAGCGAAAAUGAGUUUGCCGCGUGUUUAUUUCGACAUUGCCGCUGGCGGCGAGAAGGUUGGACGCGUCGUCAUGGAGCUGCGUUCCGACGUGGUGCCCAAGACGGCGGAGAACUUCCGCCAGCUGUGCACCGGCGAGAAGGGCUAUGGCUACAAGGGCUCGCCGUUUCAUCGGGUCAUACCAAAUUUUAUGUGUCAGGGCGGAGAUUUUACCAAUCAGAAUGGCACAGGCGGUCGCUCCAUUUACGGCAAUAAAUUUCCAGAUGAGAACUUUCAGUUGAAGCACACUGGUCCGGGCACACUCUCGAUGGCCAAUGCGGGACCCAAUACCAAUGGCUCGCAGUUCUUCAUCUGCACCGACAAGACCACUUGGCUGGACAACAAGCACGUGGUCUUUGGCAAAGUGGUCGAGGGCAUGGAUGUCAUCAGGAAGGUGGAGUCACUUGGCUCCAACAGCGGCAAGCCAUCCAAGCCGAUUGUCAUUGCCGACUGUGGCGACUUGUAAAUUUAAAUAGUUAAUAUAGGCUACACACACACAUAUAUAUAUACAAAGGCUCACGCACACAUACAAUUAACAUAUACGGGGGAUAGUUAGAAAUAAGUUUGAUUAUGCGUAUACAUUUUAGAUUAUUAUGCUAUUAUGGGUUUCAGAUAGACUAUAUAAAUAUAAAUAUUAAUAUAUAUAGAACGGG